AUGGAAGAAAAGCUUUCUUCAGGCAUUGAGUACGGCUUUUUAGGAAUGGCAGUAUGCAUUAUUUAGGUAAUUUCCAGCUUCACUUGCUUACCCAGCUAUUAUAAGAUCUGCAGCUUUUUUUAUUAAUCGCAAACAAAAUUUAAUAUAAUUAUUCUAAAAUAAAUAUUAAUUAUAAAUCUUGUAUCAAUCUACAUAAUAAUUAUUUUUACCUUAGUUGCUGAGCUAGUAAGAACUGAUUUCAACUUUGCCUUUGCACUACUUUGCUACUACUUGUGGCACAAUGCCAAUGCUAAAGAAGAGGAUAGAGAAAGCAUCGGCAAAAAAUUGAUCCUUCUCAAUGCAGCGCUCGCAGUGCUAGACUUAAUAUGGCUAAUUACAAUGGGAAGUGUAUGGUCAAGCACCCCUGAAAAAAAUCAAGAUUUAUGGGAUGAGCUAUCCGGGAUCCAUUCCUUCGCAUUAUUUUUUUCCUGGAUCAAUUGGCUAAUCAGAGCUGCCAUCAUUGGAGCACUAGUUUACAUGUUUAAAGAAAUCGUGAAGAACCCAAAGAGCUUGAUUUCUGGAGAAGCAGGAUAUGAUAUGGGCUCGAUUAAUCCUAACUAA